CUCUGGCUCCCCCUCCGUGCGCUCACACAGGCAAUGGGGCCGGCCUGCGUGCCAGAGUGAGUCAGACUCCGGGCGGCGCUGCUACACAGUCCGGCAGCCCGAGCAGCCAUUCAUCAGCAGAAAAUAAAAGGGGCAGGAAUCGGCGGGGAGGAGAAAGGGAGACAGAGACAUUCAUCCCGGAGCAAUCUCCCCGGAGCCAAGCCAGAGUCUGCUCCAGCGCUUGACGCCCGCCCGCCCGUGUUGCUGUGAGCCGGAGGAGCGGGGCAGAGAGCGGCCCGUCGCAGCCGCUCUCCGGCGCCGGGAGCAGCGAGCAUUCCUGCCCGAACACUCCCACCAUGGCCGGCUAUGUGCCCGGUCAGAUCCCCAGCACCUUCGCCGAGGAGAAGGAGUUCGUUCAGGCCUACGAGGACGUCCUGGAGAGGUACAAAGAUGAGCGUGACAGAGUACAGAAAAAGACGUUCACAAAAUGGAUCAAUAAACAUCUAAUAAAGGUACGGAAACAUAUAAAUGAUCUUUAUGAAGAUCUACGAGAAGGACAUAACUUGAUCUCCCUCCUGGAAGUCCUCUCUGGGGUGACUCUACCUCGUGAGAAAGGACGCAUGCGAUUUCACAGGUUGCAAAAUGUACAGAUUGCACUUGACUAUUUAAAGCAACGGCAGGUGAAAUUAGUGAAUAUUAGGAAUGAUGAUAUUACUGAUGGGAAUCCCAAGCUAACUCUUGGUUUAAUUUGGACCAUAAUUCUACAUUUCCAGAUCUCAGAAAUUUAUGUGAGUGGAGAAUCUGGUGACAUGUCUGCGAAAGAAAAGCUGCUACUUUGGACACAGAAGUUGACAGAAGGAUAUUCUGGGUUAAAGUGUUCCAAUUUUACUUCCUGUUGGAGCGAUGGAAAAGUAUUUAAUGCUAUCAUUCAUAAAUACAGACCAGACCUCAUUGACAUGGAGAAAGUUUCCGUUCAGAGCAAUCAAGAGAAUCUGGAGCAAGCCUUUGCCGUUGCUGAAUCACUUGGUGUCACAAGACUGUUGGAUCCAGAAGAUGUUGAUGUCCCAUCGCCCGAUGAGAAAUCGGUGCUCACUUACGUCUCCUCUAUUUAUGAAUCAUUCCCUAAGGUCCCAGAAGGUGGUGAAGGUAUUACUGCAAAUGAGGUUGAUUCCAAAUGGGAGGAAUACCAAGAUAAAGUAAACUAUCUCUUCCAGUGGAUCAGGCAGCACAUCAGGCGGAUGUCCGAUAAAGCUUUUCCACACAAUCCUGUAGAACUUAAGGCACUUUAUAAUGAAUAUGUACAUUUUAAAGAAACUGAAUUACCAGCAAAAGAACUAGAAAAGGCACAAAUACAACAUUUGUACAAAUUGUUUGAGGUUUGGAUAGAGUUUGGUCGAUUUAUGCUUCCCCAAGGUUUCCACCCCAAUGAUGUAGAAGAAGAAUGGGGCAAACUGAUCUUUGAAAUGUUAGAUCGAGAGAAAGCCCUCAGACCUGCAGUAGAAAGGCUGGAACUACUACUGCAGAUUGCCAAUAAAAUUCAAAAUGGAGCUUUAAAUUGCGAAGAAAAAUUAACAUUAGCCAAAAAUACCCUGCAGGCUGAUGCUACUCAUUUAGAAUCAGGGCAGCAGUUUCAUUAUGAAACUGAAGUGGUCAUGUACUUAGAAGAGUGUGAACGAUUAAUACGACAGCUACAAAUUGACGUGCAGAUUCUCCGAGAUGAGAAGUAUUAUCAGGUGGAACAGAUUGUUAUGAGAAUCAUUAAACUGCAGGAUGAACUGGUGACGUUGAGGCUCGAGUGCACCAACCUGUACAGGAAAGGACAUUUUAUCUCCUCAACAGACCACUUGCAGCCUUUGAACCUGACUGCCAUUGACUUAACAACUGAUGUUGGUUCAAGCACUUUACACAUCUCCUCCCUCACGGGAUUUAAAAAACCCACAACAAGAUCAGAAUUGAUUGCAAUCUCUUCAACGCAAGAUGAAGGAAGCCUGCGAUUUGUCUAUGAGCUUUUGGCCUGGGUGGAGGAAACGCAGGUUAAACUUGAUCGAGCUGAAUGGGGCACGGACUUGCCCAAUGUGGAGAUGCAGCUGGAAACACACAGGACAAUCCAUGCUGCAGUGGAAGAACUGGACUCUAGUCUUAAAGAAGCUAAAAUUUAUGAAGGCCAAAUCUCUUCAAACUUCAAGACCAGUUAUUCAGAUACGCUAUGUAAACUGGAAGUACAAUACCUCAAACUACUGGAAACAUCAAGGCUGCGUUUGAGACACUUGUUAAGUUUGCACAGUUUUGUAUCAAAUGUGACAACUGAGCUUAUUUGGCUAAAUGAAAAGGAGGAGGAAGAAUUGGCCUACGAUUGGAGUGACAACAAUACGAAUAUUUCUACAAAGAAAGAAUAUUUCAUCGACCUAAAGAAAGAACUGGAGCAGAAGCAAAUGUUUAUUAAGUCCCACCAGGAGACAGGAGAACAGCUUUCACUGGAGAGCCAUCCCGCCAGGCAGACGGUGGAGGCAUACAGUGCAGCACUUCAGACACAGUGGCACUGGAUCAAACAGCUAUGCUGUUGUGUGGAGCAACAUGUGAAAGAUAACACUGCCUACUUCCAGUUUUUAAGUGAUGUUAAAGAAGCAGAACAAUAUUUACGAAACCUGCAGGAGACAAUAAGGAGAAAAUAUAAGUGUGAUCGGACCAGUAGUCUGUCAAAACUGGAGGAUCUACUUCAAGAUUCAAUGGAUGAAAAGGAACAACUGAUAAAGUACAAGAGUUGCAUAGCGGGUCUCGUCGGAAGAGCAAAAACAAUUGUCCAGUUGAAACCGCGAAAUCCCGAUAAUGUUUUAAAAGGGACUAUCCCAAUCAGAGCGAUCUGUGACUACAGGCAAAUCGAGAUCACUGUUUGUAAGAAUGACGAGUGUGUUCUGGAGGACAACUCUCACAGAACAAAAUGGAAGGUUAUUAGUCCCACUGGUAACGAGGCAAUGGUUCCAUCGGUCUGCUUUACUAUCCCUGCACCCAACCAGGAGGCCAUUGACACUAGCAACAGAAUUGAACAGAUAUAUCAGAAUGUUAUGGCUUUAUGGCACCAACUCCACCUUAAUAUGAAAAGUGUUGUGGCUUGGAACUACCUAGUGAAAGAUAUUGAAACUAUUCACAGUUGGAACAAAGACACUAUUAAAACACUCAAAGCAACUGAGCAGCAGCAACUGAUGAAAAACCUCCAGGUGCAUUAUGAGGAUUUCCUUGAAGACAGCCAGGAGUCUCAGGUGUUUUCCAUUGCGGACAGACUGCGAUUAGAGGAAGAGGUGGAUGGUUGUAAGGAGCAUUACGAGCAGCUAUUGGCCACCAUGGAAACAGAGGAAAAAGAUGAAACGCUGAGUAAGACCUGCAUCUCGGAGCUACAAAAUAUACACCUGCGCCUGGAAAAGUAUAACGACCGAUUAAUACGGAGACUUCAAGCCUCAGUUGAAGGAGAUGUCAUGCAAGAAAAUACCUUCAGAAUUGCUGAACAGGAGCACAUGCAGCAGGAAUUAAGUGGGUUGAAAUCUGAAUUGAAUGAGGUGACAAAGAGAUGCAAGACCUUUUUCUACCAGUCUCCUUCUGCGGCUAGUAUCCCAGUUCUACGCUCUGAGUUGGACCUGGUGGUGCAGAAGAUGGAUCAAGUGCAUUCAUUGUCCUCGGCCUACUUGGACAAGUUGAAGAUGGUGGAUGUGAUUUUGAAAAAUAGCCAAGGAGCGGAGAUGUUGGUUAAGAUGUAUGAAAUGAAGCUGAGUGAGGAGGACAUGGUCCCAGUAAACCAGCAGGCUGUUAAAGGACACAGGAGCGUGCUGCAGCAAUGGCUUGGCGAUGUGAAGGAGAAGCAGGAAGUGUUUUCCUCUUUGGAAGAGGAAAUGCAACGAGCGCAGGCGGUUUGCAAACAUCUCUUUGAGCUACACAAUGAGCGCAGCUUGGAUUUGGAACGACAUCAAGAGAAAGCAGUGCAGCUGAAAGACCGAUGGCGAAACAUCCAAACGCAGAUCGAGACCAGAGAGUCUGAAUUGGCGACCAUCGAAGCAUUGCUGAAGAAUUACAGGGGCUGCCAUCAGUCACUAAUAGAUUGGAUUGAGGAAACCACUGCACAGCAAGGGAAGAUGGAGCCAGGGAAGGCAGAAGAUACAAAGAUCCUCUCUGAACAGCUGAGUCAACAAAUGGCUCUGGUUGCUGAAAUAGAAAAUAAUCAAAUCAAACUUGAUGAAUGCCAGAGUCUGUCUAAACAGUACUCUGCUGGUGUGAAGGAUUACGAACUGCAGUUGAUGACCUACAGAGCCUUUGUUGAAUCUCACCAAAAGUCACCCGUAAAACGCCGUAGAAUGCAUUCAUCAUCAGAUGUCAUAACCCAAGAGUUCAUGGAUCUCAGAACACAAUACACCGCACUGGUGACUCUAACAACUCAACAUGUGAAGUAUAUCAGUGAUGCUUUGAGGCGGCUGGAAGAAGAGGAGAAAAUUGUCGAGGAGGAAAAGCAGGAACAUGUUGAAAAAAUGAAGGAACUCUUAGGCUGGGUUUUGAACACGGAUCAGAUCCGAAAAAAUAAGAAUGUUUUACCAGAAACAGCGGGCCUGGAAUCCAUUGAGCAGUCAUUCAGUGAGCAGCAGGUAAUCACUGAAGAACUCAAUGCCAAGAAAGACCAUGUAGCAGAGGCAAUCAAAACCACACAGAUUUUUCUUGCCAAACAUGGAAACAGAAUAUCUCCAGAAGAACAGCAACAGGUGACAUCGCAGUUGAACACACUGAAGGAAACCUAUGGUAAACUGUGUGACGAGUCUGCAGCAGAGCUCCAGCAACUACAAAACAAGCUCACUCACGAAGUGCAACGAAAGGGGAAUGAAACAAUUGCAGGUGUGAUUGACCUGGGAACAGUAGAAAUCUUUUCAAUUUUCCGUGCCAUGCAGAAGGGUUUUAUAGACCAAGACACAGGCCUUGCCCUGCUUCAGAUUCAAGUGAUUAAUUCUGGCCUCCUUAUUCCUGAAACCGGCGAAUUCCUGACGGUGGAACAAGCUUUAGAAAGAGGUGCGAUAGAUAAUCAAACAGCUAAAUCCUUGAAAGAGCUGCAAGCUGCCGCACAGCUCUUGAAAAGCACCGAUUUUAAAAGCAAUAAACUUCUCCCUGUGGCCACUGCUGUUGAAGAGAAAAAAAUUGAUGAGAAUGUGGGACUGAAGAUUUUGGAGAUCCAGCUUAACUGUGGCUUUGGAAGCUUACCAUCAAAUGAAGCUGUGGACCUAGAGAAAGCUUUCCAACUGGGCCUGAUCAGUGCUUCCCUCCACUCGAAGAUGAAGGCUAGACAAAGAGUACAGAAAGGUUUGAUUGAUCCUAACACAGGAGAAAAGCUUGGACUGCAAGAAUUGAUACAACGAUGCAUUGUAGAUAAAGAAAGUGGAUUAACUUUAUUUCCAAUAAAGCAACUUGCCGGUGGGAUGAUAUGUCUGAAAUCUGGAAGGAAGGUCAGCUUAUUCCGUGCUAUCCAAGAAGGCUUGAUAGACCAACAGGUGAUGGUCAGACUUUUAGAGACCCAAUUAUUUGCAGGUGGCAUCGUAGACCCGCGAACAGGGCACCGUCUAACAGUGGAUGAAGCAGUGAGACAUAAUCUCAUCGAUCACGAUAUAGCUUGUUCCAUAUUAAUUCGUCAAAUCCAGACGGGCGGUAUUAUCGAUCCUGUCUCAGCUCAGCGAUUGACUCUGGAUGAGGCUGUACAACGGGGUUUGAUGACUCCGAGAAGCGCAUUGGUUGUAUUGGAGUCACAGCUGUCCUUUAAGGGACUGCUGUGGCCAAAUUCUGGUGAAGUCCUUCCCGUGGCCACUGCAGUGCAACAGGGUCUUGUCUCCAUUGAUCUUGCACACGCAUUCCUGAAGAAGAGACCCACCAUAUCAGAACUUUAUUGCCCUGAAACCACUGAGGUACUGUCUUGGGAAGAAUCAAUUGAGCAAGGAAUUUUAGACGACAAAGCGGCUGAAGUAUUGAAGUCAAUUUGUAUUCCAGAUACGAUGCCAAAUAUGAAAGAGCCUGGUUUUCCAAUUGUGGACAGAUUGAACUGGAGGACGGCUGGUGGAACACUGCCAAAUUCCAGUCUGAAAUCCCUGGUUGCUGACAACAAUACACCAGUCUCACAUAGUCAAAUAGUAGAAGAAAGGCUAUUGUCUUUCUUAAUGGCACAAAGUUAUAUGAAUGUGCAUAAUGGUAACAGAUUGCUUUUGAUUGAUGCCAAGUUGAAUGACAUCACUAAAGAAUUCAUAAGAGCAAGAACUGCAGUUGUGAAAAGUAUAAAAACAUUGGAAGAAUGCAAUGAAGAAUAUGAUACCAGCACAAAUGAUGCUGAAUUAUACCAUCCAGUGACGCUAACAGUAAAACAACAUGACAGCUCUAAAGCAAGUGAUGAGAUAGAAGCUGGUUAUGGAAUGUAUGAAAGACAAUCGGAUGGAUGGAUUAAGGAAAUUAGAAACAGUGAGGAAAUGCCUUUAAAGAAGAAUGUGGAUUUUCCAGCCUCUGAAGAAAAAACAUAUAAGACUGAAAUCUGUUGCAAGGAUAUUGUGACUAAUGAACAACAAGCAGUUGGAAAGGAACUGGACACAAUGGAAUAUGAAAAUGGUCAAAAAGAAAGACUGAAAAUACUGCCCGGCAAAUCUAAAUUUGAAAGUGUAAUUAGUGUAAAAUCAAAUGUUGCUGAAAAAUCUACAAAAGGAUCACAGAAAGCAAAUAUGUCUAGCAUAGUUACUGAAACUUCUCAUUAUGCAAUAAGUGAUGUAAAAAUUCAAUCCACUUCACAGUAUCAAGUUGACGAUAAAUGCUUUGAGGAAGAAGCCAUCGUUUUGCAGACAGUUGAAGCGAUCCAUCUGCCAGACUCUCAAAUUACUUCAACCAGUUCAGUUGUAGGUUUUCCAGCGUCAGCAGUUCACGGGUCAUUGAAAGAGACUCCGUGUGGUGUAAUACUAAAUAAUGGAGCCAAAGCUGUCAUAAGCGUUAGCAGGACUGGACCAACAUUGUGUGAUAUUAAAAAUGGAAUUGGCCAAGGCAAUGUGAAAGGAUCCUUAAAAGGGAACAUUGCAGAAUUGCAUAGUGGUGAGCAAAAUCCUGAACUAAAUGAUCCUGCAAAAUAUUUCCAAUGGCAGGAAUUGCCAAUGAUGUCAGAGCCAAGAGAAGACUAUUUGGAUGAUGAAUCCACUUUAAAUGUUCUGAUUGACCAGCUUCAAAAUGGUGGUGUCGUUGAUGAACAGACAGGCCAGAGACUAGCACUGAAUGAAGCCGUAACCAAGGGAGUGCUUCCAAGCCACACUGCUCUCAAACUAGUUGAAAAACUGGCCAUCUUCGGUGGUUUCUUUGAUCCACAGACUUGUGAAACUGUGACGGUGGCUGAGGCAGUGGACGAGGGUCUGGUGAAUGAACAGAUGAUUCGGAAGAUCUUGAACUCUGAGAAAGUUAUCUGUGGGGUCAUCACUCCAGGUUGCACUGCUGUGCGUUCAGUCAAGGAUGCAGCUGAAGUAGGCCUUCUGGAUCAAGAAACUGCAGCAAGAGUCCUGGAGGGACAAGUCAUUUCUGGUGGGAUCGUCGACUUAAAACGAGGCAAACAGUUAUCAGUGACUCUCGCAUCAAAAAUGGGCUUAGUGGACCAGGCCCAUCGGGGUAAUUUGAUCAAGCUAGAAAAGGCCACAAAGGGAAGAGAAUCGGAUGAAAACACAAAACUACGCAUGAUUUCUUUACAAAUGGAAAUGAAUGGCAUAGUGGACCCACAAACAAAAGAACGCAUAACAGCUGUUGAAGCAAGAAAGAGGGGAAUCAUUGAUAAAGAAGCCAUGCUUAACAUUUUGAAAAAGCAGGUGGCCUUUGGGGGAAUUAAUCAUCACCUGUCAGGAAUGAGACUUUCCGUGACGGAUGCUGUUAAAUGCGGGCUCGUUGAUCAGGAUAUAGCAAGCGAAUUGAUUGAAGUGGAGAAAGCUUGUCAUCCAAAGACUAUAGAGUCAAUUAAUUUAUCUGAUGCAGCAUCAUUAGAUCUAGAGGACACUCCAUUUGCUUUCAAAACUAAAGAAACUCAAGCCUGGAGUAGAAGCCUUAAGGAGCCGGUAGCUUGCGAAAAUCUGACAUUAACACAAGGUACCAAUCAAGGAAGAACACCUGCACUGACAAAAGCAAUGUCCUCUGAGCAGCAUCGAGGAAUUGUAGAUCCUCAGCAGUGUAGGAUAAUACCUUACUCGGAGCUAAUUAAAAAAGGAAAAAUAGACUUGGAAUCGGGCCAGAGAUAUAUGGAAGCCAGAUAUUUCACGGGUAUCCGAGAUGAACUAACAGGCAAGAACUUAACACUUGCUGAAGCAGCAAAAACGAAGCAAGUGGACCCAGUCGCGGCCAUGAGACUGCUGCAAGCCCAGGCUGACAGUGGUGGGAUUGUAGACACUACCACUGGUGACAGGAUUUCACUGCAAAAAGCUGCACAAUGUGAGCUACUCGAUGAUGAUAUGUUUGAGAUUAUUGUCACAAAUCAGCUUUUGGAUGGAGGAGUAAUUGAUCCACUCACUGGAGAGAGAGUUCCACUCCUUCAAGCGGUUGACAAUGGUCUGAUAAGCCAUAAAAUGGCUGAAGAAAUCCAGUCCAAUGUCGGAUCGACUGGUGAAUAUUCUGAUCCUGACCUGGGUACUAAUAUAGAGAUGGAAAAAUUCAUUACGCCAUUGGUACCAAGUACAUCUUUCGACGGGACACUUUCAAACGAAGGGAGUCAGAUAUUACCUCCAAGAAUGGAGAAGGGCACCCAGUUGAGGAUUAGGGAUGAAAAUCCAGUUAUCAGUUCUAAAAACAAAGUGCCUAAUUCUCAUGACAACCCAGAGUCUCUAUCAUCUGGUCUACUGGUAGAAAAAACACCUGUGACAAAGAAUUCACUAUCCCUGAAGUCUGUUGAUAUGAAAUAUGUAGUAUGUCAGAACAAAGAAAACAUUGAUAUCCCCACUAUGUUAGCCCCUGAAGAAUUGGUGUAUAUGGACAGAGAAACAAACAUAAGCAAUGUGGGACGAAUGGUUGAGGAGGAAAUGGAACUUGAUAAUUAUUCAAAGGAUGGCUUCGACGUUGUGGCGAAUGUGCAAGAUGUUACGAGUUUGGAAAGAACUGAUGAAAGGAUCUUUGCGAAAAGAAAGAAGGAUCAUUCUGCUGAUGAAAAACAAAUGGUGAUUUCUCACGAUGUGAUGGAUGAGAGUGAUCAAGGCAUUAAUUUGACAAUGGAUUGUGGAAUGAACGAAUUCAAGUUAGAUGCAGGGAAACAUACACUGUUAAGUAGGAAAGGACUUCCCGAUUACUUACUGAAGGAAAGUGAGGAAUUGGCUAAUCAAACAAUGAAUGAAGAAAGUUUAGGAGGGAGCAUGUCGAAAAAUAAGGAUGAUGGCAGGAUGCUUUUAAAACAAAUAAAGGAGACCAUUGCAAGAUCAAUUCACAAAGGUUCAGGUGAAUUGCAGUCAUUUGUUGAAAUGGUCCAACAAGUUGGAUGUAAUGAAGAACCAGACGGUAAAGCAAGGGAACUGGGCAAUGUAACUGAAGAUGGAGAAUCAGCAGGUAAAAUGUCAGAAGAUGAAAAUAAACUUUCAACUGUUAGUGAGCGGAAUGUGUUGGUGAUGCCUAUAAAAAGGUCUGAUGACAGUGAAAACAUGGCAAUGCUUUCAGAAGGCAGACAACCAAAUGCCAAAUCCAGAGAUGUAGUCGACUUGAGGAUAAAUGAAAGAUGUGAACCAAUAAAAGUUGCAGAAGAACAAAGAAAAAAUGAAUUGACGGAAUGUAUCCAGCCAAUCUUGGACAAAAAAUUGAACUCUAAUUUUGGAGAGGAGAAUAAAAGCACCCCGAUGAUGAUAAACGAAGACUUCCUGCAGAAACAGAUUGAUGAACCAACAUUUAUGGUCUUGAAUGAACAAGGACGGAUUAUCAACAAAGAUACUGAAAAUGUUAUGGACAAACAAGAAGUAAUACCAGAAAUACAGCCUUUAUGUCAUAAGCAGCAAUGCCUGGAACAUGACAAGAAUCUUGUUUCUUACCUGUCUCAUGUGCUGGAUAUUGAGUUGAGGCUGAAGCAACAGAAGCCAGUCGGUGACAACCUGCCAAGGCUUCUUGAACAAUUGCACGUGGCAAAGGGCUUUGAAGCAGAACUUGAGAAGCUAUCAGUCCAGAUUGACCAAGAGAUGAUAUUGGUUAAGAUACUCGAAGGAUUGCCACAUGUACCUGAUCAAUUACAGAAGGCACUUGAGAAAGACUCGAAAAGCUUGCAGAUCUCAUUUACCUCAGUCUGCGAGCAGUCAAAAGCUUGGCACGGAGCUUUGACAGACGUUCUGGCAACUAAGAAAGAGCUAGAGGGAUCAUCGUCACACACUAAAACAGAUAUUGAUGAAGUGAAUUUUGAUAUUCAACGUUUUAAUACUGAUCAUGCUCAAGCCUCAAGCCCUCAACAAAGCAGCAUGUUGUUGCAUAAACAAUUAGGCGACCCAUUUGGGUCAUUCGGAAACAUUUCUGAAAAUAUUGGGGCAUGGACUUCACCACCAGAUCUUCAGCUUCAGGAUAACGUGUCUGUGGAACCCAAGCAGACGCGACAGGAACAACAGGAGGAAUGCGAGCAGAAACUGGAUGAACUUGGUACAUGGCUGGCCCAGACAGCUAACAUGGUGGCCAGUCACCAGGUGGCAAUUAGCGAGUGUGACUUGCCAGCUCUUCAUGAGCAGCAGAGUGCGAUUCAGGCAUUACAAAAAGACAUGCAAUCACGCGCUGCUGCUAUGGAGGAUGUAAUCAAGGCAACAGAACACUUAUUACAUGAGAAUGAGGGAAAGCUAGGUACUGAAGAAUUGGCAAAAGUUGAAACAAAACUAUUGGAAGUUAAGGCUCAGCACAAAGUCUUGAGUCAAAGUGCCGAGAAACUUCAGAAACAAGUAGACAGUGCCUUAACGAAAGCUGUGCAGCAGGAAACAGAAAAGGCAAAAGCAGAAGAGGAACUUGAAGAAAAUAAGGUAAAGAUCGAUGGUCUGUUGGAGUGGCUGUCAUCCGUGGGGCAGCAGACAGCCACAUAUUACCCUCACAUGCGGCCUCGUGAGGUCAGAGACCGUCUUGGUGAAGAUGAAAUUGAUGCUUUAGGAAAUGGUGUACGGCCACGAGACCGGGACGAUGUAAUGGAUACUCCCACUGGGAAGGGUGGAAACCUGAACCAGCAGCAACAGGCAUUGAAGGAACAUCAUGAAACGUUGCUGUCACAGCAACAAGCGUUUGUAUUGGCGACACAGUCAGCUCAGUCCUUUCUGGAUAAGCAUGGCCACAAUCUUUCACCAGAAGAGAGAAAACAACUGCAGAGUAACUUGAACGAUUUGAAGGAACAGUAUGAGACGGCGCUGUUACAUGCAGACUCUCAGCUGAAAUAUGUUCACGCUUUGCAGGAAGAACUCCAAAAAUUUCAGAAAGAUCAUGGCGAAUUUGAGACCUGGCUAAUUCAGUCUGAGCAUGAACUAGAAGAGAUAAAAGCAGGUGAAAUGGACUCCGAUUCAUUGCAAGUCAAGUUGCAGAAGCAGAAGGGUUUCUCUGAAGAUGUUAUUUCUCACAAAGGAGAUCUAAGAUAUAUCACUAUUUCUGGGCAAAAAGUCUUGGAUGCGGCAGAUGUCUUUGCAGAAGCUAAUGCAAAUGAAGAUUUAAAGAGCCCAAUCGACCCAUCUGUAACCCGCACACUGGUGAAGGAGAAGUUAGAAGAUGCCAAAAAUCGCUACAGCACACUUCAUUCAAAAUGCAAUAAACUUGGCACUCACCUUGCCAAUAUGUUGGAGAAAUAUCAACAUUUCCAUGACAUUGCCAGUGAGCUGAAUUCAUGGCUGGAGAACUCGGAGGCAACUGGAGAUAGGCUUCUGUUGGAAACUAUUUCUUCUGAUCCAGAAAGCUUACAGAAACACCUUGCAGAAAUCAAGGUGCUUCAGGGAGACCUAGCUGAGCAUGAAGUCGGCGUAGAAAAGUUACAAAAAGCAGCAAACUCCUUGAUGUCCUUGGAUGAUGACCUUGUUCCAAACCAAGAUCAAAUUCAACUAACGACAGGUUCCAUCACGCAGAGGUUCAAGAAAUUGUCUACAGUAGUUUCAGAACACAACGAGAAGAUGCAGGUAUCAAUCGCUCAGUCUCAGAGUGUUCAAGAAGGUCUGGAUAAUUUACUGAACUGGCUGGAAGGUGUUGAAAAGAGUUUGAAAAAUCAGGAUAAUUUGCCGUUGUCGUCUGCUGCCAUCCAGGAUUCCCUGGCCCAAAACGCUAAAUUAAAGCAGGAUAUUGCUAGUCAUCAAAGCAGCAUUAACACAAUCCAGGAAAUGGUUCACGGUUUUAUUGAAAAUACAGAUAGAGCAACUGCUUCCUCACUGCAAGAGAAGCUUGAACGGUUGAAUAGCCAAGUGCAAGCGGUGUGCAAUGAGCAACAGGUGAAGGAGGAGAAGCUGAGGAAACUGCUACCUAAAACAGAGCAGUUUGAAAAACUGGUGCAGGAUGUUGGACAGUUCAUCGAAAACAAAUCUCAGAGUCUGGCAGCUGGAGGAGAUCCCAAUGAAGAUAUUGCUCACUUUUCACAGAAAAUACUGGAGGCAAGCACAGAAAUGGUGAAGCAAAGGGAAGACUUACAGGCUCUGCAGCAGCUCGCUGAAGAACUGGCCACAUUUGACAUCUUGACGGAAAAGAAUCAGCUCACGGAGACUGUCAAAGACCUAACCAAAGGGUACAAAAAACUAGAACUGAAUAUUAAGAAGAGGGAGGAAGAGGCAACAUCCUGCCAGCAGUCUCUGAGCGACUUCACUUCCCUGGUUGAGUCGAUUAGAAAAUGGUUAAAGGAAACAGAGACUCGCAUUCCGUGUUUUGAAUCGGCACUUGAGACAGACACAAUCAAGGAACAGAUCCAAGAAGUGGUGGUUCUUUUGGAAGAUUGGUCAGCAAAAUCUCCACAAAUUCAAGAAAUAAACCACAAAGGAACUGAGUUAGAAAGUCUCAUCAUGGAAAUAACAUCUCCAGACACUGCUUUGAACACCAGUAAAACAGGUUCUGUGAUGAUGAAUGGUGGAGUGACUGCGCCUAGUAUGAAUGGGUACCACAGGAGCAAAGAACUUGCAGAAAUCCAGCAGAAUGUCUCUGAUGUGAACCAUAAUUAUAAAAUCCUUGGUAAUACGCUGAAGGAAUGUCAGGACCAUCUAAGCGCCACACUUAACCAAAUGCAAGAGGUCGAGGAAGAGACUGCUUCUAUCAUGAACUGGCUGGAAUCAAAAGAACAGACUUUAACCUCUUUAAGCUCAUCAUCAAUCAAAACUCAAGCUAUGAAAGCACAAGUAGAGCAAAACAAGGUACAUCUGGCUGAGCUUGAACAGAAUUCUGAUAAGAUUAAUAAACUUAAAGAAACAUUGAAAGGUUUACUGAAGAAAAAUCCAGACUCGCCCGAAGCCAAGAAAUGGACGGAAAUGCUGGAAGGAAUAGAGUCAAAGUGGGCUCGUGCUAAUCAGGCAAUAACACAGAGGCAACAAAAACUUGAAGAGUCAGCAGAUCUUCUUUCAACUUUCCAGAGCACAGAAUCACAGCUCAGUCCAUGGUUAUCAGAGAAAGAAUUAAUGAUGAGUGUACUGGGUCCUCUAUCGAUCGAUCCAAACAUGCUGCAUGCUCAGAAACAACAAGUGCAGUUCAUGCUGAAGGAGUUUGAGACCCGCAAACCGCAAUACGAACAACUUAACCAGGCAGCGCAGGGCAUACUCUGUGCUCCCGAUGAUGUGUCUCCGUCUGACAGCCACGUGAGAGACCAGCACAGAGCCAUCAACGACAAGUGGGAGAACCUCACGCAUCAGCUCAGCAGCCGUUCCAAUCAGAUUGAUCAAGCCACCGCCAAGAGUACUGAGUACCACGAGUUACUGCAGCGGCUCAGCGACAGAGUCGGGAUCCUCAACCAUAAACUAAACAGUCAGUCGGUGAUCAGCACACAGCCCGACAUUGUCAAGCAGCAGCUCGAAGAAAUCAGUGAGAUCCGUUCAGAUUUAGAACAGCAGAAGGAACAGAUUGAAGAAGCUCAGAAUCUCUGCGAUGACCUCUCCUCCCUCAUCGGUGAACAGUAUUUGAAGGAUGAGCUUCGUAAGCGGCUAGAUGCGGUCUUGCUGCCAUUUAAUGGUCUCGAGGAGCGAGCAGGUGAUCGCAUAAAUCAACUACAAACAACUCUGGCCAGUUCGCAGCAGUUUCAACAAACCUUUGACGAGCUCAGGCUGUGGCUGGAUGAGAAAUGCAGCGAGCAUUCAAGGAAAUCUCCCGUGUCUGCAAACCUUGACAUUUUACAAUCUCAAAUCAGUGAACAGGAGGAGUUCCAAAAAAGCCUGAAUCAGCAUUCGGGCUCCUAUGAGAUGAUCUUGGGUGAAGGAGAGUCUCUGGUCCGAAGUGCUCAGACAGGUGAAGAAAAGACGAAUCUUCAGAGUCAAUUGUCAACUCUUAAAGGGCAGUGGGAUGAGCUCUGGAAGCAGGCAGCAGGUAGAUAUUCGAAACUCAAAGACUGUGUUCAAAAAGCACAGAAGUACAGGCAGUACAUGGAAGAGCUGCUCCCAUGGAUAGAAGAAUGUGAAUUUAAAGUGGAAGAACUGGGGAUCACCAUUGAUCCAGCACAACUGAACUCCUCCUUAGCUAACGCAAAGGAUCUACAACAUGAUGUGGAAAAACAUCGCUCGCCGCUGGAAAUGAUGAACACUGCCGCUGACAUCCUUGUAGAUUCCUGUCAGGUGGAUGAAGAAGAUAUUAGGGAUGAAAAAACGGACAUAAACCAGAGGAUGGACAUCGUUACAGAACGACUUCAAGCCAAAAGUGAAUCAAUUGAAGAAAUGGCCCAAAGGUUGAAAGAAUUCCAGGAUUCUCUGAAAAGCAUUCAAAUGAAGCUUGAUGGCACUAAACAGCAGCUUGAAAUAUACGAUGCUCUUGGAUCACAGGCCUACAGCAAUAAGAACUUGGAAAAGUUGAGGACUCGUCAGGAAUCGCUUCAGAUCUUGGAGUCGCAGGUAGACUAUCUGAGAGACCUGGCUCAAGGACUGGCAGAAGAUGCCCCUGAUGGUGCAGAUUCUUCACGGCUCCUCCAGCAAGCAGAGUUAGUUCAGCAAGAAUAUGGCAGUGUAAAAGAGAGAGUGAAUGAAAGUUGUUUGGCGAUGGAAAAUAGACUUCAGGGAAUCGGACAUUUCCAGAACCAUAUUCGGGAAAUGUUUUCACAUCUUGCAGACUUGGAUGACGAAUUGGACAGCAUGAGUCCCAUUGGGAGAGACCUAGACAGUCUGCAGUCACAGAUUGAUGACAUUAAGCAGUUUAUCAGCAAACUUAAAGAAUUAAAGAAAGAUAUUGAAAGUUCAGAAGAAAAAUGCAAACAAAUGCUGGAGGAGGAAGGCAGUCCAGAUCUUCAGGGGCUGAAACGAGAACUUGAAGCCUUGAAUAAACAAUGUGGUAAACUGCUUGAACGUGGAAGGAACCGGCAAGAGCAAGUGGAGAUGACUGUGGGACGUGUUGAGGACUUUUAUGAGAAACUCAGAGAAUUAAAUAACCUUCUAACCAAAACUGAAGAGGGCGAGGAAUUGCAAGGAAACGUGGGCACAGAAGUUGACGUUAUCAAUCAACAGCUGGCCAACUUUAAGACGUUUCAAAAGGUUCAGGUGGAUCCUAUACAGUACAAACUUCAGCAGGCCAAUGGAGUGGGUCAGGGUCUUAUUCAGAGUGCUGCAAAGAAUGCGAAUACACAAGGACUGGAACAUGAUCUAGAUGAAACCAAUAUCAGAUGGAACACGCUCAACAAAAAGGUGGCAGAACGUAUCUCUCAGUUACAAGAGGCACUGUUGCAUCGUGGAAAAUUCCAGGAUGCUUUGGAACCUUUACUGAGUUGGCUGACGGAUACUGAAGAUCUAAUUGCCAACCAGAAACCACCUUCAGCGGAAUAUAAAGUGGUGAAGGCGCAAAUACAGGAGCAGAAGCUCCUGCAAAGACUACUGGAUGAUCGCAGGUCCACAGUUGAGAUCAUUAAGGUGGAGGGAGAGAGGAUUGCGGAGUCUGCAGAAACAGCAGAAAAGGAUAAGAUCCAGAAACAACUGCACAAUCUGCGGGGCAGAUGGGACGGUUUACUGAGCAAGGCUGCUGCAAGGCAGCAGCAAUUGGAGGAUAUUUUGGUCAUUGCAAAACAGUUCCAUGAGACGGCAGAGCCGCUCAACGACUGGUUGACCAGUAAAGAGAAAAAACUGGCCAACUCCGAACCUGUAGGAACUCAAACUGCGAAAAUCCAACAGCAAAUUACACGUCAUAAGGCGUUAGAGGAUGACAUCACAAACCAAACGGAGAGCAUACGCCAGGCAGUCGAUAUCGGCCAGUUUCUCAUGACGUUGAGUGCAAAACCAGACCAGGACAUGGUCGAGGACAAAUUGGAGUCUAUCCAGACUCGGUACAGGGAGAUUAGGGACAAGUGCAGCCGAAAGGCUGUCCUGCUCCAGCAAGCCCUUGCCAACGCCAAGAUCUUUGGAGAGGAGGAGGUGGAGGUGUUGAAUUGGCUGGCUGAUGUUCAGGACAAACUAAGUCUGGUGACCAUCAAUGAUUACAAAUCUGACAUCCUGCAUAAACAACACAAAGAGCAGCUGGCUCUGAAUGAUGACAUUAUAUCCCGGAAGAAGAAUGUAGAUCAAGCAGUUAAAAAUGGGCAGGCCCUUCUUAAACAAACCACAGGUGAAGAGGUGAUCAUAAUUCAGGAGAAACUGGAUGGUAUUAAGAGCCGGUAUGCAGAAAUUACUACUUCUAGUUCCAGGGCACUGAAAACGUUAGAGCAGGUUCUGCAACUUGCCACAAAGUUCCAAGCCUUCAAUGAAGAGCUGUGUGGCUGGCUCGAUGCAGUGGAAUCUGAGCUUGCUGCAAGCACGCCACAGUCACCAAUUGGAGAGCAGAUACCACAGCUCCACGAGAGACAGAAGGAGUUGAAGAAGGAAGUGAUGGAAUACAGGCUGGUCCUGGAUACAAUUAAUGAAGUGAGCAAUGCAUUACUGGAGCUAGUGCCGUGGAGAGCACGAGAGGGUCUGGACCGACAGGUGGCAGAAGCCAAUGACCGGUACAAGACGGUCAGUGACACGGUGACACAGAAGGUUGAAGCAAUAGAUGCUGCAAUUCAGAGGUCGCAACAGUAUGAGCAGGCCACUGAUUCCGAGCUCACCUGGGUGGCAGAAACUGUGCGAAAGUUAACAGCCUUGGGUCCAAUAAGGCUGGAACAAGAUCAAACAACAGCUCAACUACAGGUGCAGAAGGCCUUUACAAUCGACAUCAUACGGCACAAGGAUUCUAUAGAUGAGUUGAUAAAUACGCAAGAUGAAAUUCUUAAUACCUGUAGAGAUGAACAAAAGACUGCAUUGCAGGACAAGAUGGACUUAUUGCAGCAGCAAUAUGAGAUGGUCAGUCAGAUGAACACUGAAAGGUACUCCCAACUGGAGAGAGCUCAAGUCCUGAUUAACCAGUUUUGGGAAACCUACGAGGAGCUUUGUCCAUGGCUCGAUGAGACCAGAGCUCUGAUAAUGCAGCUCCCACCACCAGCUGUGGACCAUGAGAUCUUGAAGCAACAACAGGAAGAAAUGAGGCAACUCCGUGAGUCAAUCUCUGAGCACAAGCCUCAUAUUGAUAAGCUAAUGAAGAUUGGGCCUCAGUUGGUGCUGUUGAAUCCAGAUGAAGGCAGAAUGGUUCAUGAGAAACAUACCACGGUUAUGCUAAAAUAA